AAAAAAAAAAACCAGGCGCUAUGUGCAUCGGCCGACCUCACUCACUUCCCGCAUACAAUUGCGCUUGCUCGGCCAGUCGGCGCCCCUCACUCGCUUCCCGCAUACAAUUGCGCUUGCUCGGCCAGUCGGCGCGGUAGGACGGGCUAGGACAGUGACUAUAUGUCGCGCUGCGACAGCCCCCCUCUGAAGUCUCGAUUCAACAAAACAAAUUCGUGCGAGCUCGCACUCACAGCUUACGCUACCACUUCAACGACGCUUGAAAUUGUAUAAGAGCCAAAAAAAUGAAUAGCCGCAGUUUACGACCUCACGAAACAGAUUUCCCCGAGCUAGAUUUGCGGGAGGGUUUCAUGAUGAGACAGCCCGCACCGUCGUGUCCGCCGGGGCUUGAGACCAUCGGCGCGUCAGUGGUCGGCACGUGCCGGGCCGCAUUCGCCGAGAGGGGCGCGGUCGUGCGCGGCUGCGUCGUGCUCGGCGGUCGUGGAACGGGGAAGACGGCCUUGGCAGCGUGGAUCAUUUCGGAGCUCGGUGUCGCGGGCGAGUGGAAUACGGGGCCAGUGACAACGCGCCGCGCCGUGGGCGCGUUUGAGCGGAGCCUGGCGCUGCGAUUCGAGGCGGCGCGGCGAAAGGCGCCCUGCGUGCUCGUCUUGGACUGUUUCGAUGACAUCGCGCCGGCCGGCUCGUCGGGCGAACUCGACCGCCGCGGCGCCGCAGUGCGUCGGCAGCUUGAUGCCCUCGGCGGCGCCCAUAUGAGCCGCGUCUUCGUACUCGCGCUGUCGAUAUGCCGCGAGGGUGAUGCUGCCCUCGCGGACGGCCUCUGCCGAGGCGCCAGCCGGCUUGGCGUAGUCUACCGCAUUGGAGCCCUCGAUUUCGGCGCGCGCCGCGCUUGCCUCGAAGCUGCAGCUGCGCGCCUCGACGUCGGCCGGGACCGCGCGGGCACGUUCGCCGUCGUUGCGCGCCGCUGCCGCGGCUUCACACUCGCAGAUAUCUGGGCGCUCGUCGCCGAGGCUGUCCGAGGGGCCGAGGGCGGCCGCGUAUCACGUGCUGCCCUCAUCACUGCUGCGUGCGCAGGGCCGAGAAGCCGCGACGCUGCGGCCGUGCCGGGCGCGUCGUGGAUCUCGCCGUGCGAAGCAACCGCUACUGCCAACACGAGUUCGAGCCCCUCGAUGGUCACGUGCCCGCUCGCUGGCGUCGCGGCCACGCGCACCUACGGCGUGGCCCGGCGAGCCGUACUCGAGCCGCUUCUGGUUGAAGACAACGAUAUCGGCGGCCUGGGAAAGUCAGCGCUCGCACGCGCACUCGCGUCCGAGGCUGCCGCUCUCGGCAUCGCGGCACUCGACGUGAGGUGCAACGACCUCCUUCAGUCCAAGCUCGGCGCGUCUGAGAAGGCAGUCUCUCGCAUCUUUGCCCAUGCGCGAGACCACGCGCCCUGCGUCGUCCUCCUCGACCAGGUCGACAUGCUCGGUGUCCCCCGCGGCAACGACACGACCACCGAGGGCAGCCUUGAUCGCAUCCUUGGCAUGCUCCUCAUGGAAAUGGACGAUGAGGCGCUCUUAAGGCCUGGUCGCCUCGGCACCCGUCUUAAACUCGAGUUUCCCGACGUUGCGGACCGACGAGCGAUCCUCACAAAUAAAGCCGAGACCAUGCCAUUCAACGCUGCGGCGCGAUGCUUCCUCGACGUUGUCGCCGACGAGACGUCUGGCCUCUCAGGCGCUGACCUCCACGCCCUUUGCCACUCCGCCGCUAGGUGCUGCCUCAGGGAGCAUGUGCAGUUGACCGAGAAAGCUAACCCCCAACACGUUGCAAAAGAGACUGACCCGCAGCCCCAAGACAAUGCCGCAGAGUGUAGAGAACUCAAAGUCCCAGUCAUGCUCUGUCUCCAGCAAGGCGUGAGCGGCGGUGUUGAGGUCCCUUUUGAGGCGCAAGCGGCGGUGUUGAGGUCCUUGUUGAUGUGCAAAGUUUGA